AUGAAGGAACAGAAGGAAACGGGAGGGGAAAGUAAAAGGAGGAGUUGGGGGAUGGAGGGUGAGGGGGGUGAGGGGGGUGAGGGGGUGGAGGGAGUGAAGACAGAGGGAGAGGAGGGGAGAGGGAGAGGAGGAGGAGGAGGAUGGGAUGAUGAGGUUGAAGAGCUGAAGGAGUUGGCGGAGAAGACAGCGAAUUGCGAAGGAUGA